AUGUCAGUAUCUCUGAAACUUCUUUCUUCUUUUGUCUUGAUGUUGUUGGCCUUUCUCUCUUCCUCCUUCUCCCUGGCAUUCCGGCAACCAGACUUCAACUUCGGAUAGGGUAAUGGUGGCCUUUUCCCAUAAUUAUAUUGCUCUUCCUGUCCUCGCAUUGAUGACAUUGUCUUCUCCGUCGUGGAGAAGGCCGUCAUUGAAGAGCCCAAAAUGGCCGCCUCUUUGCUCCGCCUUCACUUCCAUGACUGCUUCGUCCAGGGGUGCGAUGGAUUGAUCUUACUAGACAAUGGUGCCGGAAUUGUGAGUGAAAAGAGGUAGGCGCCGAAUAGAAACUCGGUCAGAGGAUUCGAAGUGGUCGACGAGAUCAAGGCCAGGCUCGAACAAGCAUGCCCUCAAAUAGUCUCUUGUGCCGACAUUCUUGCUCUUGCUGCUCAAGCUUCUGUCAUUCUAGUAAGCAAUCCAGAGUGGUGGUCUGCGCUGGGAAGAAGGGAUUCCAUGAUGGCCAGUCUGAGCAGCUCUAAUAGUAACAUUCUCGCGCCCAACUCCAUCGUGGAAAGCCUCCUGGCAUUCUUCAAGCGCCAAGGCCUUGAUGAAGCCGACCUCAUUGCACUCUCCGGCGGUCAUACCAUUGGGGUGGCGAGAUGCGCGAUGUUCAAGUAGAGACUGUACAAUUAGAACUAUCGAAACAACCACCCGGAUUCAACCAUGGCCAAAACCUACUACAAUGAUCUGAACAAGCGGUGCCCGGAGUCCGGCGUAGACGACAACAUCUUCUCGUUGGACUUUGCCUCUUCGGUCAGAUUCGACAACACUUACUUCAAGCAUAUACUGCUGGGGAAGGGACUUCUCGCCUCCGAUGAGGUGCUGCUCACCAGCAAUGUUGGCAGGACGACAGAGCUGGUCAAGGCCUACGCUAGCAACGAGGCUCUUUUCUUCUGCCAGUUUGCUAAGUCCAUGGCUAAGAUCAGAAAUAUUAGUCCUCUCACCGGUUUUAAUGGCGAGGUUCGGAAGAAUUGCCGACGAAUUAACUAA